UAGUGGCGGUUCAAAAGUUCAAUGCUUCCCAAGUGCUUUUUGAGGGUAAAAAAUCUUCACCAACUUCUUAAGUCGAAUUUUGGGGGUGUCUGGCCAAAAAAAAAAAGUUUCGAAGUCAUUUUUAAUCGAAUACUGGUCUUGCUAAGGUAGAUCAGUUUCAUAGCCACUCUUCUGCGAAUGAAGUUAUGGGAAUUUGAUGGCAAAGAUGUUUCUCAAAAGCUGCUGUUAGUUCAUAUAAAAAACAAAGUGAAGCGAAUCCAACAAAAAGGUUGAAUGUUCAUGAAAGACAUUCAAAACCGAUACUUCUGUAAGUCAGAAGAGGGGAAAACAAGAAGAGUGGAUUGUAGCAAAAGUGGGUAUUUGAUACCAGAACACUGAGAAUGAAUUUCAAAUGCAUCUGCCACCCAUUCGUAGAGCAGCUUCCAUGGUCAUCACCAUCACCAAUCCAUUCCUACCUACUUACAAUUCUCGCCUUCUUAGGUCCCUGUCGUUCUCGUCGUGUUCUUCAUCCUCUUCUAUUUGGUUUUCCGUUCUUCGCAGCGCCAUUGCCACCUCCAACUUGCUACUUGGAAAGUGUGCACACGGACGUAUGCUCAAAUCAGACCAAUGCCCGGAUCGUUUUUUAAUUAACAAUCUCAUCACCAUGUACAACAAAUGUGGGUCACUAUUGUUAGCGCGUCGGCUGUUUGAUAUAUCGCCUGAAAGAGACCUUGUUACCUGGAAUGCCAUUCUCGCUGCAUAUGCGGAUACUGGACAUGCUGAGCCUGAGAACAUUCAAGAGGGGUUGUACCUUUUCCGCUUACUCCGCAACUCUGUCGUCUCAACUAGUCGUCAUACUCUGGCCCCUGUGUUUAAAAUGUGUCUGCUCUCAGGUUAUUCCUGGGCUUCACAGGCUUUGCAUGGGUAUGCCAUCAAGAUUGGGCUAGAAUGGGAUGUGUUUGUUGCUGGGGCGUUGGUGAAUAUAUACUCUAAAUUUCAACAAAUCAGAGAGGCCCGUCUCUUGUUUGACGGAAUGCCUAUAAGGGAUGUUGUGUUGUGGAAUGUCAUGCUGAAGGCAUAUGUGGAAAUGGGUUUUGUGAAUGAGGCGCUGCUUCUCUUCUCCUCGUUUCAUAGAAGUGGGUUGCGUCCUGAUGGUAUCACUGUCCGUACUCUUCUUAUGGGCAUAAGAAAAACUAAAUUUGAUAGGCAGUUAAGCCAGCUUCAGGGUUAUAUGACAAAGUUGUUUCUUUGUGAUGAUGAUUCUGAUGUUAUCAUGUGGAACAAGAAAUUGUCCGUCUAUUACCAUGCAGGUGAAGCUUGGUUAGCUAUUGAUUGCUUUAUAGAUAUGAUUAGGUCAAAAGUAGCAUAUGAUAGCCUGACAUUUGUUGUGAUUCUUUCUGUUGUUGCUGGUAUAAACAAUCUUGAAUUAGAACAGAUUCAUGGCAUGAUUCUUAAGUCAGGGUUGGAUCAGGUUGUAUCUGUUGCAAAUAGUCUUCUUAAUACGUACGUAAAAUCUGAUUCUAUAUACAACGCAAAAAGAAUAUUCAAUCAAAUGAAAGAAGUGGAUUUAAUAUCAUGGAACACCAUGAUAUCGGGUUGUGCUGUGAGUGGUGUAGCGGAGGAGUCCAUAGGGAUGCUUAUUGAUUUAUUACGCAGUGGUCUAAUGCCAGAUCAAUUCACCAUUGCAAGUGUUUUGAGGGCUUGCUCCUCUCUCGAAGAGGGAUUCUGUCUUGGCAAACAGAUUCAUGUUCAUUCAAUUAAAACUGGUAUUAACAUUGAUUCCUUUGUUUCAACAUCGCUGAUUGAUGUCUAUUCUAAGAGUGGAAUGAUGGAGGAUGCCGAGUUAAUUUUUAAAGACAAAGAUGAAUUUGAUUUGGCAACUUGGAAUGUCAUGAUGUCUGGGUACAUAAUGAGCAACAACAAUCACAAAGCUCUCAGGCUCUUCAGUCUGCUCCAUAGUAGUGGAGAGAGGGCAGAUGAAAUUACCUUGGCAAAUGCAGCCAAAGCCUCUGCCUGCUUGGUGGGGCUUGAACAAGGGAAGCAAAUUCAUGCUGUUGUUACAAAGAGGGGGUUCAAUUUAGAUUUGUAUGUGAUUAAUGGUAUUCUAGGCAUGUAUCUAAAGUGUGGAGAUUUGGAAUGUGCACAGAGAACCUUCAGUGAGAUCCCUACACCUGAUGAUGUUGCAUGGACUACUAUGAUUUCAGGAUGUGUGGAAAAUGGAGAUGAGGAGCAUGCUACUUUUAUAUACCGUCAGAUGAGGCUUGCUGGGGUGCAGCCUGAUGAGUAUAUGUUUGCCACGCUUAUCAAGGCUAGUUCACUUUUGGCUGCACUGGAACAGGGGAAACAGAUUCAUGGUAAUGUUAUAAAGUUGAAUUGUGCUUCAGAUCCCUAUGUCAUGACUGCACUUGUUGACAUGUAUGCCAAGUGUGGGAACAUAGAAGAUGCAUAUGGCUUAUUCAAAAGAAUGAACAUGAGGAGUAUUGCCUUAUGGAACGCAAUGCUCGUAGGAUUAGCUCAACAUGGAAAUGCUGAAGAAGCCCUCUGCCUCUUCAAAGAAAUGAAAUCUAUGGGUGUGAUGCCAGAUAGAGUUACUUUUAUUGGAGUGCUUUCUGCUUGUAGUCAUUCUGGUUUAGUAUCUGAAGCCUAUGAAAAUUUGUAUUCCAUGCAGAAAGAUUAUGGCAUUGAGCCUGAGGUUGAACAUUAUUCUUGUCUUGUUGAUGCCCUUAGCCGUGCAGGGCAUAUUCAAGAAGCUGAAAAGGUGAUACUAUCAAUGCCCUUUAAAGCUUCUGCUUCGAUGUAUAGAACACUGCUUAAUGCUUGUAGGGUGCAAGGAGACAAAGAGACAGGAAAACGUGUAGCUGAAAAGCUUUUUUCAUUGGAGCCAUCUGAUUCAGCAGCUUAUGUUCUUUUAUCCAAUAUCUAUGCAGCUGCUAACCAAUGGGACAAUGUGACCAGUGCUAGAAAUAUGAUGAAAAAUAUUAAUGUUAGGAAGGAUCCAGGAUUUAGUUGGGUAGAUGUGAAGAACAAGGUGCAUUUAUUUGUAGCUGGUGAUAGAUCGCAUGAAGAAGCUGAUUUGAUAUAUGAUAUGGUUGAGUAUAUGAUAAAGAAGAUCAGAGAAGGAGGAUAUGUUCCUGAUACAGACUUUGUACUUGUUGAUGUCGAAGAAGAGGAAAAAGAAUGUGCUCUAUAUUAUCAUAGCGAGAAGCUAGCAAUUGCUUAUGGGCUCUUAAGCACUCCGCCAUUGACCACCAUAAGGGUUAUAAAAAACCUCAGGGUGUGUGGAGAUUGCCAUAAUGCAAUCAAAUAUGUAUCAAAGGUUUUUCAGCGAGAUGUCAUUGUGAGAGAUGCAAAUCGAUUUCAUCAUUUCAGAAGUGGGGUCUGCUCUUGUGGUGACUACUGGUGAUGAUAGACUAUCUCCGUACUAAUUUUGUGAACUCAGUUCUUUUUGGCAACUUGCGUUGUAAUGAAUUCUGUUUCUGUAUCUUUUGAGACAGGAUUCUGAAACUCAAGAAAAGAAGGAUUAAAUUUGUGGCUUUGGUGCUGAUCACUUAAUAUUUGUCUCUCUCAUACCAU